CAAAUGGCUUAGUUAGUCACGUAAUGAAUUUUAUCAAACAUUCAAUAAAGACUUAUAAAAAGGAAAGAAUCGCUAAAGCAACUAAUGAUGAUAAUGGGAAAAAUGAAAGUGGUAAAGGUGAAGGUGUUUUCGAUGGUGCUACACAUACUUCAACUGUUAGUAUAGCUUAA